CUGGCUCGGCGGUCUUAACCAGAGUCUUCGGCUGGUGCUGCAAUUGGCACAAGUGCUGCCCUGUGCCAGGUGUCAUGGAAGGGCUGCUGACGAGAUGCAGAGCACUGCCCGCCCUGGCCACCUGCACCCACCAGCUCUCUGGGUACAUUCCCCACAGGUUUCACUGUGCCCCAGGGAGAGGAAAGCGCUUGGUGCUGUCCCACAUGUUCCAGCCCCAGAACCUUCGGGAAGACCAGGUGCUCUCGCUGGAGGGCAGAUCUGGUGACUUGACCUGUAAGAGCCAGCGGCUGAUGCUGCAGGUGGGCCUGAUCCACCCAGCAAGCUCUGGUUGUUACCACCUCCUGCCUUACACCGUUCGUGCCAUGGAAAAGCUGGUGAGGGUGAUAGACCAGGAGAUGCAGGCCAUCGGCGGGCAGAAGGUCAACAUGCCCAGCCUCAGCCCAGCAGAGCUCUGGCGGGCCACCAAUCGAUGGGACUUGAUGGGCAAGGAGCUACUAAGACUUAGAGACAGACACGGCAAGGAAUACUGCCUAGGACCAACUCACGAGGAAGCCAUUACAGCCCUGGUUGCCUCCCACAAGACACUGUCCUACAAGCAGCUCCCGUUCCUGCUGUACCAGGUGACAAGGAAGUUUCGGGAUGAGCCUAGGCCCCGCUUUGGUCUUCUCCGUGGCCGAGAGUUUUACAUGAAGGACAUGUACACCUUCGACGCCUCCCCAGAGGCCGCCCGGCAGACCUACAGCCUGGUAUGUGAUGCCUACAGCAGCCUGUUUGACAGGCUGGGGCUGCAUUGUGUCAAGGUCCAGGCAGAUGUGGGCAGCAUUGGGGGCACGAUGUCUCAUGAGUUCCAGCUGCCAGUGGCUAUCGGAGAGGACCGGUUUGCAGUCUGUCCCCGCUGCAGCUUCUCGGCCAACAUGGAGACACUGGACUCGUCUCAAAUGAACUGCCCUGCUUGCCAGGGACCACUGACCGACACCAAAGGCAUCGAGGUGGGGCACACGUUUUACCUGGGCACCAAGUACUCCUCCAUUUUCAAUGCCCAGUUUAUUAACAUCCAUGGCAAACCUGCCUUGGCUGAGAUGGGGUGUUACGGGCUGGGUGUGACACGAAUCUUGGCUGCUGCCAUUGAGGUUCUCUCGACAGAAGACUGUGUUCGCUGGCCUGGCCUCCUGGCUCCUUACCAAGUCUGCCUCCUCCCCCCAAAGAAGGGUAGUAAAGAGGAGGCAGCCACGGAGCUCACAGGGCACCUGUACGACCACAUCACAGAGGCGGUGCCGCAGCUUCGUGGGGAGGUCCUGCUGGACGACAGGACCCAUCUGACCAUUGGAAACAGACUGAAAGAUGCCAACAAGUUUGGCUACCCCUUUGUGAUCAUCGCUGGCAAGAGGGCCCUGGAGGACCCUGCCCAUUUUGAGGUUUGGUGCCAGAACACCAGUGAGGUGGUCUUCCUCACCAGAGAAGCAGUUGUGGCGUUACUGAGCCAAGUGCAGGUCGUCUGAGUGCCCCCAGCCCCGCUCACUGCACGGCGUGGAGUUCAUUCAGAUGCGGCCUUUCCUGUGCUUCUUUCUGGGGCAGGUCCCUCCAGAAACAGGGCUCAUGGAAGGUGAGCACAUGUCAGGAAAACCGAUUUUUAUCUCGUCAUUUAUUCACACUGUUUAUAUUUAAAGUCAUUCACUUGGUCCCCCUCUCUGGACUGA